AUGGCGCCACGUAUCAGCAUUCACAUACCCAAAGAUGCAGCACCCGGUGGGACAGCAGCAGCUGGGCCAUCAACAAACCGGAAACACCGGCUCAGCACUAGCCCCCCUUUGCCUCGGGUCAACUGGGCCCGGAAACCUGCCCCAAAGUUGAAGAAAAUCUUGUCUGACACUGACACUACUGACAAUGACAAGGCAAAGGGGAAGGGGAAGGGGAAGGGGAAGGCACCAGAAGAUGAUGGCGAUGAGGAUGGCGAGGGGAUCGAUGUGGAUGAUCUUCCAGACGUUGAGCCCCGGAAAUCAACUCGUAGGGCUGUAAUCCCUGCAAAAAAGAAGGGCAGUGCACCGAAGGCAAGUCAGCAGUUUGUGAUUCAGGACAAUGAAGAGGAUGAAUUGGAGGAUGAGGAUGAUGAUACACAAGGAAGGCCAAAGGCAAGUUCAUUUUUCUUUACAUUUGCCAGUCUAUUGCUCAUCCGGAUGCAGGCCAUUGUCAGACCAGGGAAACGACAAAAACUGUCCAUGCAGCCCAAGGGCAAGGCCACUGGCAAGAAGGGCAAAGUCCCAGAACAGCCCCGCAUUGAUGAAUCCCAUCCGCCUUGUGACAGAUGCCGGGCAAAGAAUGUUGAGUGUUGCCCCCGAUUGAUGAAGAAAGGCGAUGUCGCCUCGACUUGCUCAUUAUGCUAUCUGUGGAAGAUGGCAUGCAUCCAGACUAACACAGAGAGUGCACACACUACCUCUGCCACCACCAUUACCCCCAUCACUGUCACUGCACCACCUGCAGCCGCAGUCGCCACUCGCUCCAAGACCAUCCGGUCCAAAGCCACCGGAGAGAAGAUGGGUGGGAAAUCCAAGGCGAAAGGCAAGUCUUUUGUUUCCGGCAAGGAUAUCCAGCACCCUAGUCCUAUCCAAGAGGAAGAGGACAGCGUUGAUGAUGUCCAGAUGGUUGGUGCCGGUGGUUCUAUACAACAACCGGCCCCUUUGGCAUCUGCAAACGACUUCCCUCCUGAUCAUUGGAUUGAGCCCGGCAAUGACGAGAUGCAACCUUCAUCACCGGCCAUGGCCUCAGAGGACGAUAUCCGGUUUUCGCCGUUACCUGUCGUUUACAACCAGCCCUCCCCUGUCACUCCUUCCGGACCCAGUCAAUCCACCCAGUACCCUCUCUCUCAUGACCAGAUGGAGGCCAUGUUGGCCCAAAUUCGCAUUGAUAUGGAGGAACUGUGCACACACAAUCGAGUGGAAAUUGACAUCCGGCAUGAUCGCUUGGAGCAUUGCAUGGACAUCGCCGAGGCAUCUGAUAGCGCCAUGUCCAUGCAGAUUGAUGACAUAGGGCGGGAUAUGCGUGUGCAGAAGGGACUUCUUGCUGAGUGCACAGCUGAAGUAAGAGGCAUUAUUAGGUAUCUGAGGGAGCAAAGAUCCAGUCAAGCGACAGCGUCAACUCCACCAGCAUUUAAUCCACCCCCCAUGACAGCCCACAACCCAUCUAUCAGUGCUUUUGCUCGCACUGUGACCAACAAUGUGUUCACUCCGGAUAUCUCUUGGAUGGGUGCCCAGACUGGUGGUGAUAUGUUGGGUGAUACUGCAGAUGGCUCACUGGUCGCAAGGCACAACCGGGUGCCAUCCACUUCCACCAUCAUCCCAUCACUGACCAUGAGGGAAUUCGGCCCAUCUGUUCCUCCGGUUGGUGCACCACCUGUGCAAUCUCCUAUUCUCCCGGUCGCUGGGCCAUCAAAUGUGCCGGCUGAUGCGCAGUCCAUCUCAGCUCCUUUGCCACGCCCGCGAUAUGGACCUCUAUCACACCAAGGUCGGUCAGUGAGCGCUAGGUAUCCAAGCAAGCCUUCUGGUGAUGGGCCGACAUAA